CCAUACCUAGCCUUUAAAAUACAGUACCAUAAUUCAUCAUUCUCCUCUAAUAACCUCCAACACCAUUUUUCUAACAAAGAUAAAUUAAAUUCCUCCAACCUCCGUACCAACCUCCGUACCCUUAGACCACCACAAUUCACAGGUAAACAAAUAGAGUCUUAAUUAAUCCAAACAAUUUUUUUAGAGACCUCACAAAAGUUGACCUUUAAACCAGAUACCUUUUCAAGUAACCAACACAGCACGUUAACGGGUCCUUUUAUCAUAACCUUACGAAUUUAAAAUAGCUCACGGAAGCAGAAAACGCAUGGCGGCGGAGGCAGAUGCGGAUCAACCACCAUAUCUGCCUGAUGAAUUGAUCACCAAAAUCUUAGUAAGAUUACCGGUUAAGUCUCUUAUUCGUUUCAAAUCCGUUUGUAAGUUAUGGUUUUCUCUUAUCUCUGAUUCUCACUUUGCAAAUUCACAUUUUCAACUUACUUCUUCAACACACACCCGUAGAAUUCUCUUCAUAACAGGAAUUCCUGAAUUUCGAUCUAUAGCUUUAGAUUCAUUGUUUACUUCUGAUUCUGCUCCUGCUCUAUUGAACCCUAAUUUUGAUCUUCCUAAAUCUCAUUUUGAUCUUAAAGUUAUAGGUUCAUGUAGAGGUUUUAUAUUGUUGGAGUGUUUUUCAAACAUUUACGUAUGGAAUCCAUCCACCGGAGUUCAUAGACAAAUACCUUCGCCUCCUCCCAAUUAUUCACGUUUAAAUUUCUAUGGUUUUGGUUAUGACGAGUCAAGAGAUGAUUACUUGGUAGUUUUAGUAUCCUAUGAUUGUAUUCCAUACUCACAUGAUGUGCUAUCUCGCAUUUGGAUUUUUUCAAUGAGAGCUAAUGUGUGCAACGAAAUUGUGAGUCCUGCACAUUUACCUUUUUAUAGUGAGCUUUCUCCUUUUGCUUAUUCUGUGGUAGAGUCCGUCUUCAAUGGGGCUAUUCACUGGUUGGCUAUUCGUCAUGAUGUAUGCGAGUAUGUUAUUGUUUCCUUUCAUUUAAUUGAAAGGAUACUUCUAGAAAUUCCUCUCCCAGAUGAUCAUGAUGAUGAUAUUGAAUAUGGUUCGACAGAUUGUAGUUUAUGGGUAUUUAGAGGAUUUCUCAGUCUAUGGGUUAUGAGGGACGAGGAUAAAGUUGAUAUAUGGGUGAUGAAAGAAUACAAAGUGCAGUCUUCUUGGAGUAAAACUCUUGUUUUUGAUUUGCAUACCAUUUCUUACAUUUCCCUUGUAUGUUGUACAAAAAGUGGUGAUAUUGUUGGAACAGAUGGAUGUACUGGAUUGGUGAGAUAUGAUAACGAAGGGGAGUUCCUAGAGCAUAACGAUUAUUGUAAAGAUUCAGAAAAUGGAUUCGGAUUGGUUGUGUAUACAGAGUCUCUGCUUUCGUUGCCCAGUGACAUUGAGCAAGCUUAAGAAAAUGGCACAAACAAGAAGAACGAGGGGAUGUGAAAUUUGAACAAGCAACCAAGUGGAAUUGGAAUGAAAGUAUUGAGAAGAUGUGAAGGUUAAAUUAGAUUAAGGUGAUCAUGAAAGUGAUGUAGACUUUUGGUAAGAAAGUGAAGUAGAUUAUACAAGUGUUUGCAAAUCAUAGAUGGUUAUUAAAUCAACUAGAUGUCAAGGCCAAAGAGUUAUGUUCAAAGAGGUAGUGAGCUACACAAGGCAUUAUGUGGACUUAAACAGUCCUUAUAGCUGAUUUGAGUCCUGUUUUACCAGUGAAUGAUUCCAAAAGAGCAAGGGUGAGCUAACAGUAACACUAUUCUAAAAUAGAACAAAUAACGCAAAACUCUUACUGUCAAUGUUUGUAGAUUAUCUCAUUCACACUAAAAAUGAUGAAUACCAUUAAAAGUUCAAUAAAAAUUGAGUUUGACAAAAA